UAGCUUGCCAGGAUCUUCAGUGAAGCCAACUAAUAAAAGAUUUGCUGCUCAUCCGCGAAAUGGCGGCGUCUGUAGCCUGUGCUAAUCCGGCUUUGAACUCAGGCAGUGACAUCAUCGGAUUCGGAAGGACGGGUCACGUGACGCGACCGUUCACCUGAGGAAACAGGUAGUGGAGCGCGGGUGUGUUUAGCCGUAAAGGGCUGUAAGACUAAAAACAAAACUCAUGACAUCAUUGAACGGGUCAGCGGCACGUUUUGAUCAUAUACGAGAUUUCCCGUACUAUGAUCAAGUGCCACCUGGGUCUUUGUCUCGGGAACAGGACUUCCCAUACCCGCUUGGUGGUGUGAUGCCGGCCAUCAGCGCCGACCCCUUACCACCGCCCCCUCUUCCGUUUGACCCGCCAGUGGGUCUAGACUUCAACCCGAACGAUGCUGAGGACCAAACGGAUGAAGCCAUGGACAUCAAACCUGUGCGCCGUUUCAUCCCUGACUCUGUGAAGAACUUCUUCCGUGGUGGCAGCUUCCGGAGCAGCAAAACCCAAUCGUUUCCACCAGCUCCGUCCGAAAUCGCGAACAGCACUACCCAGGGGGUGCCAUGUUCACCUCCGCAUUCUCGGCCACCUUCACCCAACGCCCCCAGCUCUUUCACUGACCCGUACGGAGGCUCCGGAGGUAGCUACAACUCACGUAAGGAGCAGGCAGCACUGCUUGGUGAACCAAUCGAAUCGGUAUCAGGCCGUUCGGCGCGCACAGCCAUGACCUACAGCGAGAAGGUGGAGGAUUAUCACAUGCGCUACGCCUAUAUGAAGUCAUGGGCGGGCUUGUUGCGCAUCCUUGGCUGCGCCGAGCUCCUGUUGGGUGCUGCGGUCUUCGCGUGUGUCUGCGCCUACGUGCACAAGGAUAACGAGUGGUACAACUUGUUUGGCUACAAUCAGCAGACUGGCAUUGGAGGCAGUUAUGGGGGAGCCAUGGGGUCGAUGUACGGCAAUUACGGAGCCAACUACAGGGGACCCAAAACACCUUUCAUCCUGGUGGUGGCCGGAUUGGCCUGGAUUGUCACGGUCAUCCUGCUUGUGCUGGGGAUGACCAUGUACUACCGCACCAUCUUGCUGGACUCCAGCUGGUGGCCAGUGACGGAGUGUAUAAUAAACGCAGCACUGGGGGUGUUUUAUUUGUGUGCAGCUAUAGUGUACGUGAAUGACACGGUACGCGGUGGCCUCUGCUACUCCCCGUUUUUCAACAACGGCCCCAGUGCUGCCUUUUGUCGCACGGAAGCUGGACAAACAGCUGCCAUCAUCUUCCUUUUCAUCACCAUGCUGCUGUACCUGAUAGGGGCUGGAGUGUGUCUCAAACUGUGGAGGCACGAAAAGGCAAGACUUCGUCGUGAGGCCCUGGCACAAGAGAUGAAGACUGUCGCAUCGUUACCGAUGACCAUGAUUGGACACGGAUCCAGUGUAUCGGGACCAGUCUAUAAACCUCAGACGAUGGCUUCCCCUGACAGUGUGGAUGAUGCUACACCUGUUCCACAGGCUAUGAUGCAGCCGGAGUACCUGAGGGGUCACAUACCGGCGGGACAUAUCCCUAAACCGGUGGUCAUUGCAGAUUAUGUUGCGAAAUACCCCACCAUUCGCACCGAUGAGGAGAAGGACCGGUACAGGGCUGUGUUUAACGAUCAAUACGCAGAGUAUAAGGAGAUCCAUGCUGAGGUUCAGGUUCUGGCCAAGAAGUUUGAGGAGAUGGACAAUCUGAUUAAGAACCUGCCGUCUCAGCCGUCCAGUCAAAUGGAACAAGAGCGGAUCAGUCAAAUCAUGCAGGAGUACCAGAGGAAAAAGAACGACCCCACUUUCCUUGAAAAGAAAGAGCGAUGCGAGUACCUGAAGAACAAACUCUCGCACAUCAAGCAGAAGAUCCAGGAAUAUGACAAAGUGAUGGACUGGAAUGACGGCUACAGUUAAAAUCACUCUGCAGUCUGACAUCAUCACUAAGCCAGAGUCCUGACAGCGUUAAAGUGUGUGUGUGUGUGUGUGUGUGUGUGUGUGUGUGUGUGUGUGUUAGAGAGAGAGAUAUGGUACACUGUGGCACGAAUCCAGGGUUAAGUCUGAUAUCUACGCUUCACUUCCCUGUAAAGUAAACACUAGUGCUGCGUGUAUGAAGUUCUAUACAAUGCCGUAACGAUUGAGAUGGAUAAAACUUUUUUUGGUGUUUUUAUUAGUUUGAAGGAGAAAAAAACAACCCUAAUUAUUUAAAUUAUAAAUCAUCUUUUAGUAUACGCAACUAAACAUGUGCCAAAAGUCCGGUGUCGUCGUUCUGUCUUCGUAGGCAGCCUCCUGGAGUGGAACAGGAUAUCUGAGCGUGUCCACAGGAACAACAUUCCUGCUAGUUCAGUCAAGCUGAAUUAACACUUCAACUAGCGCCACUUACAGGAAGGAAUUUUAAACCUUCAAUACGUGGAAAGAUGUGAUAUAUUUGUACUUUUUCUUUUUAAUUUGUUCAUUUGAUUAUUAAAAAAAUAAUUUCACAUGAUCCUGACCUUCCAGAAAAUAAACAACUUUUACACUAACUUUACACUUUGAGAAGGAAAAAAGGAUUCUCAAAAGUGUAUCGUUAGGGUGAUGGGUGUGGCUUUGUGUCAGAACUUUUCUCACAUCUUCAUUUAUACAAAGUAAAUCGAAUUCACGUUGCCUCGGUAGAAUGUUUAGGAAAAUUUGUGUGAGAUUGCGUUUUUUUUUUUUUGUUUGUUUGGUUUUUUUUUUAUAAAGGUAGCAACCGGUUAUUAAAAUGUGAACUCUUGUAAUAGUUUUGUGUUUAACAGGAGAUCCAUGCGAUAUGUGAAGAUGUUUUAAAUUCAAUUUUAAACUUCAUGGCCAAUGUUUCUACAGAAUAACUGCGUAUGCACUGCUGGAUGUUAUUGCUUUAUGAAAUGGACUGUAUAUAGAUUAUUUUAGAUGAGCUAAAAAGCUUCUUUUUUUGCCUUCUUUUUCAGCUGUCUACACCAUAUGUGAUUUUUACCAUAAUUUUACAAGAAAUAUAUAUAUAUAUAUAUUUUGUACACUUUUAUAUCAGGAGAGUAAAAAAUAGAACUUUCGUUGACAUUAUACGUUGUCUUGUUUGUUUGUUUGUUUUUGUUAUUGUGUGUUACUUUUAUCUCUACUUGAGUUUUUUCUUUCACCUCAUACUUUAAAUUUUUUACAUUUCAGAAGAAACAACUUUCUCUCCUCAGGACAUUUUCAAACAUCACUGUGCUUUGUAUGAGAUGACUUCAAGGAUCUAAACUCCUAACGAAUUAAAAUGUCGGGAAUGAGAUCUGAUCCAGCCUAGAUCAGUCUCUCCUGUGGGACAUUUUAUUCAUUUAAAAAAAUUUUUUACUAAUAAAAGCUUAACUUGCCAAAACUUUGA